AUGGUCGAAUAUGUUGCCCUGCUGCUGUCAAAAUUGUGGCAGACUCGGCAAAGGAAUACGCAUCACCCUAUUUCGGUUACUUUUUCUUAUGAAAAGAUUGUUGAAGAUUUCACGAAUCAACGAAACGCACUUGAAUUGAGGAAACAGAGGGUGGACACUGAUGUCGACGAGGCUAAAAGGCAAAAUAAGAUCAUCUAUGAUGACGUUGACAACUGGCUUAAAAGGGCUGAGAAAGAACUGAUAGAAACCCAGAACUUGAAAGAUGAAAUAGAUCGCGUCAAGUGUUUCAAAUGGUGUCCUAAAUGGGGCUGGCGAUAUUCCUUAAGUAAGAAACUGGCAGAGGAGAUUCCCAAUAUCUCUAAACUUUUAGAGACUUCUAACUUUGCACAGGUGGGCUAUCGUCGUCCUCUUCAAGGAAUAGAGUUCAUCACAUCCACGGAUUUCAUGGACUCUGAAUCUUCAAAGUCAGCUUUGAACCAGAUCAUGGAGGCUAUAAAUGCUAAGGGUGUCAACAUGAUCGGACUGCACGGAAUGCCAGGAGUUGGUAAAACAACUUUAGCCCAAGAAGUCGGGAAGCAUGCUCGAGAACAAAAGCUCUUUGAUAAAGUUGUGAUUUUUACCAUGUCCCAAAAUCCAGACAUCAACAAAAUUCAACGUAAAGUUGCAGCGAUGUUUGAUUUAAAAUUUCGAACAGAUAUCGAAGACACAAGAGCAGAAGAGCUGUGGGUGAGAUUGAAAGCUGAGAAGGACAUCCUCAUAAUUGUCGACGACCUCUGGGAAGAAUUCAAAUUGGAGAGGAUCGGAAUUCCAUUCGGUGACAAACACAAGGGUUGUAAAAUUUUUCUGACUACACGUCAUCAACAAGUCUGCACUAAAAUGAACUGUCAGAAGGAAGUUCAACUUGGCAUCUUAUCCGAAGACGAAGCAUGGGUUUUAUUUCGAGAUCAAGCUGGUUUAGAAGAUGACUGUUCCAUCUUGAAUGAGGUAGCCAAAGAGGUUGCUGGUGAAUGUAAGGGAUUGCCUCUUGCAAUUGUUACCGUGGCAAAAGCUCUAAAAGGUGGGAGUUUAGAUGAGUGGAGAGACGCAAAUCAGAGAUUCAAGGACUCAACGCAUUUGUAUGAUGAAGAAGUCUUCGGGGUGUCCUCGAACCUCUUAAGCUUAGCUACGAUUAUUUGA